AUGGCCUUCCCCUCUUCUUCUUCCUUCCACAGCUGCCAUGGCACCUCCACCUCCACCUCCGCUACUUCCUCUUAUUUUCCAUCCUCACAGACCACCUCCCACCGACACCGACACCGACACCGACACCGCCACCACCACCAUACCACGAAAACCCACCUCCUCUCUUCUUCCAUUUCCGCCUCCAAACCACUACAACCAUUCUUACUCUCACUUUCACUACCAAACCCACCUCUCCACUUCACCUCCCUCAGAAAAACUUCAAAUCACUCCUUCAUCACCGUCAAAACCAGGGUAUCCGAUGCAGACAACCAAUUGGAUACUCGUUCUUCGCCAUCAUCUGAAAUCGAUUGUGUUGGAACUGGGACUGAUGUCGAGUGCGUUGUUCCCUCGGAUGGAAAGGGCGAUUACGGAGUUACUGAAUCAGAAACGGUUUCGUUGAUUAACGUAGUAAUGGAAUGGACGUUGUUGGUUUCCCCUUUUUUCUUCUGGGGUACGGCUAUGGUGGCUAUGAAGGAAGUUUUGCCCAAAACGGGACCCCUUUUCGUGUCGUCUUUUCGAUUGAUUCCUUCUGGAUUACUAUUGGUUGCUUUUGCUGCUUCUCGUGGCAGGAAGAUUCCAUCUGGGCUCAAUGCUUGGUUAUCUAUUGCUCUAUUUGCUGUUGUUGAUGCUACUUGUUUUCAGGGGUUUUUAGCCAAAGGAUUGGAAAAGACAGCGGCUGGUCUUGGCAGUGUUAUAAUUGAUUCACAACCUUUGACAGUUGCUGUUCUUGCUUCCUUGAUAUAUGGUGAAUCAAUUGGUUUAGUUGGAAUUGCAGGCCUUGUUCUUGGUGUUGUAGGCCUUCUGCUUCUUGAGCUACCUGCUAUUUCAUUUGAUGAGAAUAAUUUUUCGUUAUGGGGAAGUGGGGAAUGGUGGAUGCUUCUAGCUGCUCAAAGUAUGGCGGUUGGUACAGUUAUGGUCCGAUGGGUUUCCAAAUAUUCAGAUCCUAUUAUGGCUACUGGAUGGCACAUGGUUCUUGGUGGGAUUCCAUUGGCAGCGUUGUCAAUUCUUGCCCAUGAUCCUGCUGUUAAUGGAGGAUUGAAUGAGCUCACGACAAAUGACCUUUUCGCCCUUCUGUAUACAUCCGUGUUUGGCAGCGCCAUCAGCUAUGGUUUAUACUUCUUCAAUGCUACAAGAGGUAGCUUGACAAAGCUUAGCUCUCUUACCUUUCUAACUCCAAUGUUUGCUUCGGUUUUUGGUUUCCUAUAUCUAGGUGAGACCUUCUCGCCGAUUCAACUAACUGGAGCCAUUGUUACUGUGGCCGCCAUAUACAUGGUCAACUACAAGAAUGCAGUCGAAUGAAUGGAAAUAUUGUCUUCAAGAUUGGCUCUUUAACAUCGAUACAGCUCUCAAGUUUGCCUGCAUACUCAUAUCUUGAAGAAACGUCGACUAAAACCACGUUGAGUACAGAUUCCAACAGGUAUAUAACGAUUCUUUCCAGAAAAUAUUGCGUAAAAGAUUGGAUUUUUCAGUGGAACUUUUAUGUUAUCAUUAAAACAUAUUGAAAUACAGUUGUAGAUAGAUAUAAAUUUCAAUCUUGCCAGCCUGAUACACAUAUUGAAAAACAAGAAUCCAUUCCAAUUCCUGUUAAAUUCUACUCCAAUUCCUUCUGAUUUCAAUUCAUUAGACUCUAUUCCAUUAUGCAAA